AUGAUCGGUUUGAACUCGCAUGGGCUACAGUGUGACCAGCAACAAAGAAAGCAGCAAGCAAGUAGGAAGGAGAAGAAAGGAGGGAAACCCAGCGAAGCCGCCUUGUCCUUCUUCGACUUGUCUCUGCUAUUUAAAUGUCUUGGCCGACCUCCGUAUCUUACACCGUCUCGUCGUUCUUGUCAUUGUCUUGUCCAUGUCUGUGACGAUCCAGGGACCAGAAACCAUAUUCGCCAGAAGACGAAGUGGGGUCACCCGACCCUAGAUAUAUCGAAAAUGAGGGCAGUUUAUGAUGGUAGAACAGAGUGGCCUCCAGAGAUCGACUCACAAAAGGUGAAGAAUUAG